GACCCCAACAACUGGUAUUUCGUGGAUGCUUCCGAGAAAAGAAGCACCUUCAAGUUGGGUGCUAAGACUUGGCUCGCCUGCAGCCCAGACCGGAACCACUACAGCCACUUCGUCAAAGACGGAGGCCAGUGCGUCUUCGUAGAAGCUUGGUCGUGGGCCGAGGUGGAAGCGUGCCGUCUAUGGCUUGAGACUCAAGUUGACGAGGAGGCAAUGUGCCAAAGAUUCCAGCAGGUCGGAGGUGCUCUGCGCACCCUUCUGGCUGACAAGGCGAUCUACAACCAUGCCGUCGAGCUGCAGAGGGCCGAGGCAAAGGACUGGGUGACCGUGGAACGUGCAUUUGCAGGUGAUUUGAGCACCUUCGAAGAGAAGAAGAUGCCUACCAGGCUCUUCACGUUCCGCAGCGUGGAUGGGAUCUUAUACAAUGUCUCCGUUUGCUCUCCCGGUGCUGCCGCACUGCUUGUCGAGAAGCACUAUGUCAAGCUCGUGCCGCUGUGGUCCGAUACAAGCACCCCAAGGUCGAGGUAUUGGCUGGAUGACUGUGUAGGCCCGUUUUUGACAAAGCUUUGGCCCAAAAAGGGGCUUGUCGCCUUUGAAGUCACCAAUGUGGCAAAUGCAGCUGCGAAGAGGGCGCAAUGGAACCGCACCCCGGGCAACAAUUUGGAGGUUGAGAAGGGUUUGCAGCUUCUGGAAUUCGACACCGAUAACCGCUUUGAU